CUUCUGAAAACGAUGUGCAUAUGUUAUUUUUUUGUUAUAAACGUUUAAAACUUGUGUGUUUUUAUUUUAUGUAAUUGUGGUUUUUGAACAUCAUGGAUGAAUACGAUUUGCUGUUCAGUCCGCGUCGUUACCAAGGCGAUAAGAAGGUGAUGUCUAUGCAACAAGGUGGAAUCAGGAGUACCCCUAUGCAGCCGAAAUCUAAGAAAUAUAUUAACCAGAUGUUAACUUUCCACCAUAUGAAACACCAUGAAAAGAAAAUAAGGCUGGCAAAACCCGCCAUUGACAGCAAGAUGCCGAACACCUUUAAAUAUGCAUUAGACCGGAAGCGUUUGGUUGAUCAACGGAUAAGCGACUCUUGGAGCAUGUCAAGCAAUUCUCCUACGCCAAUGACUCAGAGGAGAUUCCAUAACGACAAGAACGUGACGUCAUCAGAUUCGCAAAAUGUGACGACACGAAGAAAUGUAUCAAAUGAAGACACAAGCGAAACAAAACAAACUAAAUACGUUGUAAAGAACAGAUAGCAUUUGUGACAUUUAUAACAUUAACUUUAAUUAAAAUACUGUUAACCAUCGCGACAUUAGAUAAAGUAACGAUUUUCUAGAUAAUGCUUUUGAACACAACAAUAUUAAAAACAUUAUUUUAUAUUGAGGUGCAUACCAACGGGAAAUAUGAAACAAAUAUUGCAAUGGCAUGCGUUAUUUUGUGGGUCAUUUUGGCCCUUACCUUGUGCUUCUUGAAUGGUUUUCAGUAUGAAAUUAAAGCCUUCCUUAUGGUCAUACAGGAUUGACUUGUUUCACGGUAAAGGUCCGUUAUUCAUAUCACGUAAUCAGAUUGGCUAUAUCAUUCUGAGAUCCAAUUAAGAUCAAUAUUGAAUACCACCCCUGAACAGCGUGUUUGAUUGUUGUACUUUUUAUCUAUAGUUCUGUCCCUGUAUUUGUCAAUUUAGUAUUCAUGUUCAAGUCAUUAAUAUUGCUUUUUAAGUUUGAAAAGGUCGAGUUUUGUCAUUUCAUUUUAAGAAAAGCUCUAGUUGAAGGUCACCGUCAUAAAAGGUCAACUAAGUCAUUAAGUUAAAUACAACAAUAAUGCCUG